UCUCCCAACAUCUUUACAUGGACUUCCCCAUUUCCAUCAUCUCCUUCCACUUUUUUCCCAAAAUAAUAUAAAAAAAUGAUAAUUUGAAUCGAUGUAAUGAGUGUAUUCAACCUCUUGUAUAAUUUGUCUCCAUGACCAAAGACAAAGAGAGAAGCCAUAAAAACCCUAACAACAUCCAUUGUUGAAACUCUCUUUGGCACAACACCAAACACACAAAAUAUGGCCAUCCCCUAAAGAAACUGAAGCUCAAGAACCCUCUGAAUCUAUCAGAAGAUCUCACCAAUAAAGGGUUUUGAGAGGUUCAAGUUUCUCUUUAUGGGAUGGCCCCAAACACAAGAGUACUCACAAAAGGUAAGAAGAAGAAGAGAUCUCUUGGAGAUUAUGAUUGUGAAUGUUCGUGUGUGGGUGUUGUGUAAAUGAUCAUCAUCAUCAUCAUCAUCAUUAUCCAAUAUCAUAAUUAUCAAUAUGGUGAUGAUGAUGAUGAUGAGGAUUGUGUGUGAAUGGAGCGAUGAAGAUUGCAUGAAGGUUGAUGAAGACAAGCUUGAUGUGUCUUUUGUUAUCCCUCGUUUGGGCAACUUCGAUCCUUUGGCAAGCUUCGGUUCCCCUCGGAAUCAGCAGAUUAUGAUUACUAUAGCUCUUAUAUGUUUAUGUUCCGUGUUUACUUUGUUUCCGGUUUAGUUUGGUUUAUUGUCUUUAAUUUCGUCAUGUUUGUGUUGAAUGUGUGUUGUUGUUAUCCCGUGUGAUGCACCAUUCAGGUGUGUUCCUAUGUGUGUGUGAGGAAUAAAAGAAUAUUCGGUUUUGAUAUCUAAAAUCAAACCCCACUUCUACCUUUCAUUAAUAGUGAGUGUCUUCAAACAAUUUUGUUUUAGCAAUCUGUGUAUACCUUUAUCAAAAAUACUUUUAAGCUGGCCCAUUCUUAGCCCAUUAAUAGUCCAG